AUGGAGCCCGCGGCAGCUGCCUACGUGCGGAAGCUUCUGCCGCGCCACAUGGCCAAGUACUGGCUGCAGCGGUACAGCCUGUUUUCAAAGUUCGACGAGGGGGCGCAGCUGGACGUGCAGGGCUGGUACUCCGUGACCCCUGAGGUCAUCGCGCGCCACCAGGCGCGCACCGCGGCCUGUCACAUCAUGGUGGACGCGUUCGCGGGGUGCGGCGGCAACGCCAUCCAGUUUGCAAAGACAUGCGACCUGGUCAUAGCUGUGGAGAUCUCCGCCGACCGCCUGGCCAUGGCGCGCCACAACGCGGCCAUGUAUGGGGUGGAGCACAAGAUUGAGUUCAUCUGCGCAGACUUUUUCAGGGUCGCCCCCACCCUGGCUGCCGACGGCGUCUUCCUGUCGCCGCCCUGGGGCGGCCCCCACUACCGCUUCAGCGACACGUUUGAUAUUCACCACCCCCUAGAGGGCCUGCCGGUGUCGACCGCGCAGCUGCUCGAAAUCAGCCGCGGCAUUGUGGCGCGCGGCGCGGCUGCGCGGCGGCGGGGACAGCAGCAGCAGCUGCAGCAGCAGCAGCGGCAGGGGCAGCAGGAGCGCCAGCAGGAAAGUCGGCGGCUGAAGAGGGGGGUUGUGGCCUUCCUUCCAAGGAACACAGACCUGAGGCAGCUGUCGGAGUUUGCCGUCAGCGCCGGCAGCGUUGUGAACGGCCGGCAGCAGCAGCAACAUCAACAGCAGCAGCAGGAGCAGCAGCAGCAGGAGGAGCAGCAGCAGCAGCAGCAGCAGCAGCAGCAGCAAGGGCAUGCCGUCGCGCCCAAGCCGCCUUCAUACGCGGCAGUGGCAGGGGGCGCCCGAAGCGCCCCCCCAAGCCCGCCGGCAAGCCCGCGCGUGCAGGACGCGGGCACCGACGUAACUUCGGCGCCCCCGGCGGCCGUGGGCCCCAGCGAGCCGCCAGGCGGCAGCGCAGCGGCGGCCGCGGCGGCAGCGGUCGCUGCGGCUGCCGGCCUCUCCGCCCCAACCCACAGUCCGCCAUUGAGCCCAAAGGCCGGCGCGGCGGUCCAGCGCUGGCGCGCGCCGAGCGUCGAGGCGCACCGCCGCACCCCGCCCGCCAGCCCCCGCGCUGCCGUGGGCGGCGCCGAUUGCGCGCACUGGCGCAGCCCGCCCGCCAGCCCGUGCGGCAGUUCCCGCGGCGGCGGCGGCGGUGGCGACGGCUCCAAUAUCCCGCACCUUACGCUUGCGGCGCAGCACAGCCCGCCUGCGAGCCCCCGCUCGGGCGCCGCACGCAGCCCUUGCGCCCUCGGCGCCUCGCCGCGCCCCUCCCCCUGCGCCUCCCCACGCGCCGGCGGCGCGCGCGGCUGCGGCCGGGGCGGCGCGGCAGGGGACCUGCGCCUGAGGCUGGUGCCGCGGGGCGGCGGCCCAGAUCACACCGCCGCGAUGGCUGUCGAGUGCAACGUUUUGAACAGCCACGUGAAAGGGAUCACGGUGUACUGGCUCGAGGAUGACGCCAUGUGA